AUGGUAUCAACAGGAGGCAAAGCCCCGUGGCGCCCCUCAAAUGUCGUCGCCGCCCGCUUUACUUUCAUAAACGAAGUUCGAGGCCUUAGAAAAGAUUCACAACAAAGGCUCAUUGCCGCUACUAAAGAUCUAGGCAAUGCUGCCAAGAAUAAGGACUUGGACCUGCAGCGCGAGACUGUCAAGAAGGACGUUUUGAACAUACUGAGAAAUGACACCCAGAGAGAACAAGAUGGAGUAUUUUCUUUACUCUCCAGUUGGGACAUGAUGGAUGCUAUCAAAAGCGCCAUCCACGGAGAAAAAAAGCAGGAAACAUCACCUGUGCCAGCCAUGACGCCGAAGCAUCACGACACGACCAAUACUACGACGCAUG